CACCUGUAUAUAACUGACGACCAGUGCUCAGGAUAAUGUCCACUAUUUCAUGGUCCUUCUUUCAAAGAUAUGGAAAUGAAACUGAAAUACUAGAAGAAUAUUGUACUGUCACAAGAAUUUUUCUACCAGUUUGAAGAAACUCAACUGACUUGGAUAUGGAUCCCAGCAAUAGUGCUCAAGAUGUUAUCCGUUGCGACCUUUGCGAUAAAGAUAUAGCGACCAAGUACUGUGAUUUCUGUCAUGUCAAUCUGUGCAUCUCUUGCAUAGGAAACCAUAUUUCUGGUGACUAUGACAAACAUAAAGUUGUUCCAAUUGAACAAAGAAAAUCAACUUUAAUUUAUCCAAAAUGUGCAAAACAUCAAACAAAAGCCUGCGAAUUUCAUUGCAAAGAAUGCAACGCUUCCCUUUGCUCCUUUUGUACUACAUUGUCUGAAACACACAAGAAGCAUACCGUUUCCGCUCUUUCUGAUCUCUAUAUCUCGAAGAGAGAAGUCAUUAUAAAAGAUAAUGAAGAAUUAGAAAAAAAUAUUUUUCCAACUAUUCAAGAAAUAUCAACUGAAUUAGAAACUCUGAUAGCCGACUUAGAUGGAAAAUAUGAAAAAAUUAUAAAAGCAGUGUUAAAUCAAGGUGAAGAAUGGCACAGACAAAUUAACAUUAUUAUGGACAAAAUGAAAGCAGAAAUUGAAGACAUGAAAUUGAAACACGCGAGCAUAUUGAAAGGACAUUUGGAUGAAAUUAAAAAAGUAAAAAAUCUUAUUGAACAGACAAAGUUUGAUUUGAGUGAAAUUGAAGAAUCAAAUGAAGUGUCCAAGACAACGGAAUACAGGUCUACAAACAAAGAUAUUAGCAAGCUUCCUCCAAAAGUUCAGGUAUCACUGCCAACGUUUAGUCCAAAGCCAAUAGAUAAAGAACAGCUUUACAAGUUGAUUGGAUCAUUUUCACCAUUAUCAACAACAAAAGAUGAAAAUGGCUACAGACUUAAGAAAUCAUGGGUAUUUACCGAAGAUCAAAAUAAAGAAGCCGAAAGUACGAGGGUUGAUCAAAACGUUGAAAUAAUAUUUUUUGACGAAGACUGUGAAGUAGAUUGGUAAAAAAUAUGACACACCUAUAGUAAUGCACACGUUCUAUAAAUAGCAUAUAUAAAGUAACGAUUUUCUACAUCAUUGUGGCUCAACAAUGUUAAAUGAUGUCAAUACGUAGGUGACUCGUGACGAAAAAUAGUAGUCACAGUCUUACUCCAGCAACAAACGAUUGUUAAGAUAAACGUAUAACUUGAACAUUCUUUGAAGUAUCUAAUAAUAAUUUGUAAAAGGUUUAUGGAGACAAUAUACUUUCUAGACGUUAAGUAAUAAAAUAGAUUGAUUUUUUUUAAUAAAGAGAGGGAGGUGGUUAAAUAUGACGUUUUUUUUUUGUAGCCCAUACAAACCAAGGUGAAGAAGAAAUGUGUCCUUUAGGCAAUUUAUUAUAAAAAAUUGCCAAGUUACAGCUAGAAAAUUUGUUGAAUAUUUUAAUAACAAUAUUAUUAUUAAAUCCAUAGCUUUUCGUUUAAUUUAGACCCUUAACCUAUUAGAUAUGAUAAAAAGAAGACCCAUAUCCAUAUUGUGAUGGUCACCAUGUUCUUUCUGAGAAAGGAUAUCCUCAUCCAACCACCCUUUUUCCCAGAUAAGAUCAUUUCUUACCAAUGGACGGACUGUUCUUGAAAUAAAAAUCAAUUUUCAUGGUAAGAAAUACUGUAUGUGUACUUAAAACUGCGGCCUUCAUAUUUUACCAGCUUUAGAGGAGACGAUGAUGUGCUUAUUCAUAAAUACCGCUAAGAAUUAAUUUAUGAAUAGAUUAUCAAAGACAGUAAUGCCUUAUGGAAUAUCCUACCCAGACAUCCAUAAUAUACAUGGGUUACAUAAGUCCUAUGCUUGUAUUUGCAACACUGCUUAUGAUUUUUUUUUUCAGAAUUAAAAACACAUAUAGAGUUUAUUGUUUAUUUAUGGCAGAUUUUGGCCACAGUGGUCAGAUAAAUGUAUUUCAACAAUCAGCAUCAACUUUGGGGCCGCCAGACAACAGGACUUACCCCUUACAACAACAUUUUAUGUGUCGUCCGAAACGGCAAGUAGCAUGCUCGGUUGG